CCCUUUCUUCAAUCGGGGAUGGGUUAACACUGUCUCUUCUCAACAUCCUACAAUUUACACCCAAUAUUCUCCUCUCAAUUCCCCCAUCCCCUCACACCCUAUACAAAGCCACAACCAAAAUGGCUCUGCGUUCCGAAACAAUCCAAGCCCUGCGGCGGUUCGCCUCCUGCGACGUGAGUACCUAUCCCCUCGCACCUUCUGACAGCCCCCAAACCCAAAACUAACCCUUGUCCUCUUCCUCAAAGAUCGGCGACGCCCUCGUCAAACUCGGCGUCCCGAACGGGGGCUACCUCUCAGGCCUCAAGAUGUUCUCCCCGGGACUCAUGUGCACCAAAACCAAGAUCUUCGGCCCCGCCUACACCGUACGCAUGGUCCGCGACUCGGACAAAGCUUCCCCGAGCCCGCCCAAGCACUUCGCCGACGCCAUCCCCAAGGGCAGCGUGGUGUUCGUCUCCCAGCCGAAGGGGCUGGUCAGCGCCUGCUGGGGCGGGCUGAUGAGCACGCGGGCGCAGAAGCUGGGCGCCGCGGGCGUGGUGAUCGACGGGCGGUUCCGCGACGUGGCCGAGCACCGGGAGCUCGGCGUGGGGCUGUUCGCCCGCGACGUGAGUAUCCUGGGGUCGGCGAGUUUCACGCGCUCGUCGGAGCUGAAUGUCCCCGUCACGUAUGCGGAGGGCACCACUGGGGAGAGUGUGAUCAUCCAGCCUGGGGAUUACAUUGUUGGAGAUGCCGAUGGGGUGGUUGCGGUGCCGGUGGGGAAGAUUGAGAGGUGUGUGGAGUUGUGUCAGGAGCGGUUUGAGAUUGAUGAGGAGACGAGGCGUUGUUUGGAGCGCGGGGAGGAGAUGGGGGCGACGAUCAGGCGGUUGCGGAAGUGAGUUUUUGGUAAUUGCAUGUAUUUGGGUCACAGGUGCUGGGUGGAGUCACUAUUUAUGUCUUUUUACUUUGGCUAGUGGAAGGACUAAAUAUCUUGUAUGUCCUGGAUAAAUUUGGUUUGCUGUUGCAUCCAGCUCGAGAAGUG